AUGAAAAGACUCAUUCGGGACGCCGUAUGCCGAGAAUCUAGCCCCGAUUCAACGAUAAGAAUCUACGUCAAAGGUCACGAGAAGAAAAAAUGGCUAAUCGAGAUCUUAGGAAACGUUGCCGACGAUCGCGACGUUGCCGUCUCCGUCGAGACUAUCGACGCUGAUUACGAGGAUAUCGAACGUUUGGAAACUUUAAACGCUUCGUGGGCCUUUCGCUGCGGAUAUCACGCGAAGAAUUGCGCGUUAGAGAACGCUUGUAAAUUGCACGAUUGGUGGUUCGAACGACGCGAUCAUUUGCGUAAUAUGUGCGAUUGA